AUGGGCUUCAUCUCAUCCAUCGCUCACUGCAUAUGGGACAACACGUUCUCCCGCAAGCACCGCACCUCCAAGCCACAGCGUCUAGACGACGAAACAAACGACCUGAUCCAGUCCAACUCCCAUAAUGGCUCGUCCCUUGCACUAGCGGAAAGCAACGCGUUCGGCUCAACAGGCAUGUACUAUUCAGCCCAUGAGCCAACCCCGCCCAUCAAGUCACCAAGGCGUAAGCAACUCAGUCCCGCCGAGUUGAGCCUCCAAACGCUCUUCGACAACGGCAAGGCACUGGAUGCUGGGACGUGCCUUACAGCAAGGGUGCCCGAUAUUCCCGAGUACCCUGUCUAUAAGCUGGACACGACCAAGUCGCCGACUGAUACGCCGGCGAAGAAGCUGGAGUCUCCAAUUGAUCCGGAAAAGAAAGACACGGGACGAAAGUCUGUCGAGUGGAUGGAUGAGAAAAUAAGGAAAGAAAUUUCCGUGCCAAAGACACUGGUGGAGUGGGAUCAUGCUCCGGAGCAAAAGCAGGCUGUGUCGAAGCUCAAGCGGUCCAAGACAGGCAUGCUGAGGAGGCGCUUGUCUAGGAAGCUUCCACGAGCGUCUCGUUCAUCGAGAAACUUGCGGGGCCGCUCCUCGCCUAGUUGGAUCGAUGCCUCUGAUCUUGCCGAUGAAGAGUCCCUGAUUAAUGGGGAGGAGGAAAAGUGGCUGGAGGCUCAUGGGCUCGGCGGAGGCAAAAACAUCGGGAUGUGGACCGGCGGGGGCUUGGGACGGCCCUGGUAA